UCUCUUCAGCUGGGACAGAGUUGUCAAAAUGUCCCCCAUUGAGAGGCUUGAACAUGCUUUCAGCAAGGCCCAGACUUACUUGGGAAUUGAAAAGCUGUUAGAUCCUGAAGAUGUUGCUGUUCAGCUUCCUGACAAGAAAUCUAUAAUUAUGUAUUUAACAUCUUUGUUUGAGGUGCUACCUCAGCAAGUCACAAUAGAUGCCAUUCGAGAGGUAGAGACACUCCCGAGGAAAUACAAGAAAGAAUGUGAAGAGGAAGAAAUUAAUAUACAGAGUGCAGCACUGGCAGAGGAGCGUGAGGGCCCCCGAGCUGAGACCCCCAGCACAGUCACUGAGGUUGACAUGGAUCUGGACAGCUACCAGAUAGCCCUGGAGGAAGUUCUGACCUGGUUGCUGUCUGCUGAGGACACUUUCCAAGAGCAAGACGACAUUUCUGAUGAUGUUGAAGAAGUCAAAGAUCAAUUUGCCACCCAUGAAGCCUUCAUGAUGGAGUUGACCGCACACCAGAGCAGUGUGGGCAGUGUCCUGCAGGCAGGCAACCAGCUGAUUACACAAGGCGCGCUGUCGGAUGAAGAGGAGUUUGAGGUUCAGGAGCAGAUGACCCUACUGAAUGCUAGAUGGGAGGCACUCAGGGUGGAGAGCAUGGACAGACAGUCCCGGCUGCACGAUGUGCUGAUGGAACUGCAGAAGAGGCAGCUGCAGCAGCUCUCGGCAUGGCUAACCCUCACGGAGGAACGCAUCCAGAAGAUGGAGACCUGUCCCCUGCAAGAUGAUUUGCCAUCCCUGCAGAAGCUGCUCGAAGAGCAUAAAAGUUUGCAAAAUGAUCUUGAGGCUGAACAGGUAAAGGUGAACUCCUUAACUCACAUGGUGGUAAUUGUUGAUGAAAAUAGUGGUGAGAAUGCUACAGCUGUUCUGGAAGACCAGUUACAGAAACUUGGUGAGCGCUGGACGGCAGUGUGCCGUUGGACUGAAGAACGUUGGAACAGAUUACAGGAAAUCAAUAUAUUAUGGCAAGAAUUAUUGGAAGAACAGUGCUUGUUAAAAGCGUGGCUCACUGAAAAAGAAGAGGCUUUGAAUAAAGUUCAGACAAGCAGCUUCAAAGACCAAAAGGAACUAAGUGUCAGUGUUCGACGUCUGGCUAUUUUGAAGGAAGACAUGGAAAUGAAGCGUCAAACAUUGGAUCAACUGAGUGAGAUUGGGCAGGAUGUGGGCCAGUUACUUGAUAAUCCCAAAGCAUCUAAGAAGAUGAACAGUGACUCUGAAGAGCUAACUCAGAGAUGGGAUUCUUUGGUUCAGAGACUAGAAGAUUCCUCCAACCAGGUGACUCAGGCUAUAGCAAAGCUGGGGAUGUCCCAGAUUCCUCAGAAGGAUCUCUUGGAAACGGUGCGUUUAAGAGAACAAGUGACUACAAAAAAGUCUAAGCAGGAACUGCCUCCUCCUCCUCCCCCAAAGAAGAGACAGAUCCAUGUGGAUAUUGAAGCUAAAAAAAAGUUUGAUGCUGUAAGUGCAGAGCUGUUGAACUGGAUUUUGAAAUCAAAGACAGCCAUUCAGAAUGCAGAGAUAAAAGAGUACAAGAAGAUGCAAGAGACUUCAGAAAUGAAAAAGAAAUUGAAGGGAUUAGAAAAGGAACAGACAGAGAAAAGCCCCCGGCUGGAUGAAUUAAACAAAACUGGACAAAUUCUUUUGGACCAAAUGGGAAAAGAAGGUCUUUCCACUGAAGAAAUAAAAAAUGUUCUGGAGAAGGUUUCCUCAGAGUGGAAGAGCAUAUCUCAGCACCUGGAAGGUCUGGCAAGAAAGAUUCAGCUUCAGGAAGACAUAAAUGCUUAUUUUAAGCAGCUCGAUGAGCUUGAGAAAAUCCUGAAGACAAAGGAGGAGUGGGUGCAGCACACGCGCUUUUCCAAAUCUUCCCAGAAGUCCUUGUCACACUUGAAAGAUUCCUGUCAGAGAGAACUGACAGAGCUCCUUGGCCUCCACCCCAAGAUUGAAAGGGUGCAUGCAAGCUGCUCAGCCCUGACGUCUCAGCCUUCUGUCCCAGGUUUUGUCCAGCAGGGCUUGGAUGGCUUUCUAAGCCGCUUCCAGACUCUGCAGGAGGACUUAGAGGAUCAUCACCAGCAGUUACAGAAUGAACUGAAGAACCAACCAGGACAUGCAUAUGUGGAAACAUUGAACACACUGAAAGAUGUGUUAAACGAUCUAGAAAAUAAAGCCCAGGCAUCUCUGAAUGUCUUGAAUGACCUUACAAAGGUGGAAAAGGCCCUGCAAGAAAAAAAGGCCCUGGAUGAAAUCCUUGAGAAUCAAAAACCCCCAUUAUGUAAACUUGCAGAAGAAACAAAGGCUUUAGAGAAAAAUGUGCUUCCUGAUGUAGAAAAAAUGUAUAAAAAAGAACUUGAUGGUGCCCAGGAAAGGUGGAACAGACUGAAGGCCAAGCUUUCCAAAGAUCUACAUUUGCUUGAAGAAAUUGCCUCCAAACUCAGAGCUUUUGAGGCUGAUUCAAAAGUCAUUGAGAAGUGGAUGGAUGGUGUGAAAGACUUCUUAAUGAAAGAGCAGGCUGCCCAAGGAGAUGCCGCAGGUCUGCAGCGGCAGCUUGACCAAUGUGCUGGCUUUGUUAAUGAAAUAGAAACAAUUGAAUCGUCUUUGAAAAACAUGAAAGAAAUAGAGGCUAACCUUCGAAGCUGUCCAGUUGCUGGAGUCAAAACUUGGGUACAGACAAGGCUUGUUGACUAUCAAACCCAGCUGGAGAGAUUUAGCAAGGAGAUUGCUAUUCAAAAAAACAGGUUGUCUGAAAGUCAGGAAAAAGUAGUGAACCUGAAGAAAGACUUGGCCGAGAUGCGGGAGUGGAUGACCCAGGCUGAAGAGGAGUACCUGGAGAGGGACUUCGAGUACAAGUCACCAGAAGAACUUGAGAGUGCCGUGGAAGAAAUGAAGAGGGCGAAAGAGGACGUGUUGCAGAAGGAGGUCAGAGUGAAGAUUCUCAAGGAUAACAUCAAGUCCUUGGCUGCAACGGCGCCCUCUGGUGGCCAGGAGCUGACGUCUGCACUGAACGCAGUGCUGGAGAAUUACCAGCUGCUUUGUAACAGAAUUCGAGGGAAGAGCCACACACUUGAGGAGGUCUGGUCCUGCUGGAUUGAACUGCUUCACUAUUUGGAUCUUGAAACCAACUGGCUGAACACUUUGGAAGAGCGCAUGAAGGACACAGAGACCCUGCCCGAGAGGACAGAUGCUGUCAAUGACGCCCUGGAGGCUCUGGAAUCUGCUUUGCGCCACCCAGCAGAUAAUCGCACCCAGAUUCGGGAACUUGGCCAGACUCUGAUUGAUGGCGGGAUCCUCGAUGACAUAAUCAGUGAGAGGCUGGAGGCUUUUAACAGCCGCUAUGAAGAUCUGAGCCACCUGGCAGAGAACAAACAGAUUUCUUUGGAAAAGCAACUGCAGGUCCUGCGGGAGACGGACCACAUGCUUCAGGUGCUGCAGGAGAGCUUGGGGGAGCUGGACAAACAGCUCACCACAUACCUGACCGACAGGAUCGAUGCUUUCCAAGUUCCACAGGAAGCUCUGAAAAUCCAAGCAGAGAUCUCAGCCCAUGAGCUCACUCUGGAGGAGCUGAGAAGGAAUCUCCGCUCCCAGCCGCCAACCUCCCCAGAUGGCAGGACCACCAAAGGAGGAAGUCAGAUGGACGUGCUGCAGAGGAAACUUCGAGAGGUGUCCACAAAAUUCCAGCUUUUCCAGAAGCCUGCAAAUUUUGAGCAACGCAUGGUUGACUGUAAGCGCGUGCUGGAUGGUGUGAAAGCUGAGCUCCAUGUCCUGGAGGUGAAGGGUGUGCAUGCUGAGGUCAUCCAGGCCCAUCUGGACAAGUGUAUGAAACUGUAUAAAACUUUGAGUGAAGUCAAACUUGAAGUGGAGACUGUGAUCAAAACAGGAAGGCACAUUGUCCAGAAGCAGCAGACAGACAACCCGAAAAGCAUGGAUGAACAGCUGACGUCUCUGAAGAUCCUUUACAAUGACCUGGGCGCCCAGGUGACAGAAGGAAAACAGGACCUGGAAAGAGCAUGUCAGCUGGCCCGGCGGAUGGAAAAAGAGGCUGCCUGUCUCUCUGAGUGGCUUUCUGCUACAGAAGCUGACUUGGUGCAGAAGUCCACUUCAGAGGGCACGCUCGGCCACUUGGAUGCAGAGAUCUCCUGGGCUAAAAAUGUUCUGAAGGAUCUUGAAAAGAGAAAAGCUGACUUAAAUGCCAUCACGGAGAGCAGUGCUACCCUCCAGAACCUGAUCUCGGGCAGCCAGCCUGUCUUAGAAGAGAGACUCUGUGUUCUCAAUGCUGGGUGGAGCCGAGUGCGCACCUGGACCGAGGAUUGGUGCAACACCUUGCUGAACCAUCAAAGCCAGCUGGAAGUAUUUGAUGGGAAUGUCGCCCACAUAAGUACCUGGCUUUAUCAAGCCGAAGCUCUGUUGGAUGAAAUUGAGAAAAAACCAGCAAGUAAAAGGGAAGAAAUCGUGCAGCGUUUGGUUUCUGAGCUGGACGAUGCCAGCCUCCAGGUUGGAAAUGUCCGUGAUCAAGCCGUUAGUUUGAUGAAUGCACGUGGCAGUGCAAGCAGAGAGCUUGUAGAACCGAAAUUAGCUGAACUGAACAGAAACUUUGAAAAGGUGUCUCAACACAUCAAAAGUGCCAAAUUGCUAAUUGGUCAGGAACCAUUAUCAUACCAAUGUUUGGUCACUACUGAAACAGUUGGAGUUGGUGUACCUUCUUCAGACUUGGAAAGGUUAGAAAACGACCUUGAAAUAAUGUUGAAAGUUGUGGAAAAACAUUCAGAAUCCAGGGAUGACGAAGAAAAGAUGGAUGAGAAGAGAGCCCAGAUAGAGGAAGUUCUGCAAAGAGGAGAACAAAUGUUACAUCAGCCUAUGGAAGAUAAUAAGAAAGAAACAAUCCGUUUGCACUUGUUACUUUUGCACACAAGAUACAACAAAAUAAAGGCAGUUCCUAUUCAACAAAGAGAGACGAGUCAACUUGCUUCUGAAAUCAGGCUGUCACCUGUCCCUGCAGAUUAUCUGGUGGAAAUUAACAAAGUUUCACGUAGGAUGCAUGAUGUGGAAUUACUGUUUGGUCUUCCUGAGCUGAACACCACUGUGUAUGAGGACUUCUCUUGUCGGGAGAAUGCUCUGAAGAAUAUCAAAGAUCGACUGGACAAACUUGGAGAGCAGGUGGCAAUCAUUCAUGAAAAGCAGCCGGAUGUCAUCCUAGAAGCCUCUGGACCUGAAGCCAUUCAGAUCAGAGACAUGCUCACUCAGCUGAAUGCAAAAUGGGACAGAGUGAACAGAAUGUACGACAGUCAUAAGGGUUACUUCGAUAGGGCUGUGGAUGAAUGGAGACAGUUCCACUGUGAUCUUAACGACCUUGCAGGGUGGAUAACAGAAGCAGAAGAGUUACUGGCAGAUACCUGGACUCCAGAUGGCAGCCUGGACUUAGAAAAAGCCAGGUCCCUCCAAGAGGACCUCGAAGAGGGCAUCAGCAGCCAUCAGCCUAGUUUGGCAGCAGUGAACCAAAGGUGGGAUGGAGUGGUGCAGAAAUUCUCCCCCGGGGAUGGCAGCUUCCUGCAGGACAAGGUGGCAAGCUUGAACCAGAGGUGGAGUGCCAUCGUGACGGAAGUGAAAGAUCGGCAGCCAAGACUAAAAGAAGAAAGUAAGCAAGUGAUGGAAUAUAGAAAAAAGCUGGAUGACAUUAUCUUUUGGUUAACAAAGGCUGAGAAUGCUGUACAGAAGCAAUCAACCACUGAGCUGGAAGAAAACCUGAAAGAAUUAACAGAAUUAACACAAGAGAUGGAGGCACAAGCUGACAAACUCAAGUGGCUGAAUAGAACUGAAUUGGAAUUGCUUUCAGAUAAAAGUCUGAGUUUACAGGAAAGAGAGAAACUUUCAGAAAGCUUAAAAACUGCAAACAAGACAUGGAAUAAGAUAUGCAGAGAGGUGCCUGGCGCACUGAAGACACGCCUCCAGGAGCCCUGCUCUGUCUCACAGACAAGGAUUGCUGCUCAUCCUGGUGUCCAAAAGGUGGUGCUAGUCUCAUCUGCAUCAGAGAGUCCCAUGCAGUCUCACCACACCUCAGAAAUCUCAGUCCCUGCUGAUCUGGAUAAAACCAUCACAGAACUAGCUGACUGGCUGGUAUUGAUUGACCAGAUGCUGAAGUCUAACAUUGUCACUGUCGGAGAUGUGGAAGAGAUCAAUAAGACAGUGUCCCGGAUGAAAAUCACCAAGGCUGACCUAGAACAGCGUCAUCCUCAGCUGGAUUAUGUUUUUACAUUGGCACAGAAUUUGAAAAACAAAGCUUCUAGUUCAGAUGUGAGAACAGCAAUCACAGAAAAAUUGGAAAAGGUGAGGAGCCAGUGGGACAGCACACAGCACGGUGUGGAGCUGAGACGGCAGCAGCUGGAGGACAUGGUUGUCGACAGUCUUCGGUGGGAUGACCACAGGGAGGAGACCGAGGAGCUGAUGAGGAAAUUUGAGGCUCGUCUCUACAUGCUUCAGCAAGCCCGGAGGGAGCCACUUCCCAAGCAGAUUUCUGAUAACCAAAUGUUGCUUCAAGAACUGGGUCCUGGCGAUGGUGUCCUCAUGGCAUUUGAUAAUGUCCUGCAGAAACUGCUGGAGGAAUAUGGUAAUGAUGACACAAGGAAUGUGAAAGAAACCACCGAGUAUUUAAAAACAUCCUGGAUCAAUCUAAAACAAAGCAUUGCUGACAGACAGAGCGCUCUGGAGGCUGAGCUGAAGAUAGUGCAGACCUCUCGUAGAGACCUGGAGAACUUCCUCAAGUGGCUUCAAGAAGCAGAAACCACAGCCAAUGUGCUCGCUGAUGCCUCUCAGCGGGAGGAUGCACUUCAGGAUAGCACCUUGGCCCAGGAGCUCAAGCAGCAGAUGCAGGACAUCCAGGCAGAAAUUGAUGCCCAUAAUGACAUAUUUAAAAGCAUUGAUGGAAACAGGCAGAAAAUGGUGAAAGCUCUGGGAAAUUCUGAAGAGGCUACUAUGCUUCAGCAUCGGCUGGAUGACAUGAACCAAAGAUGGAACGACUUGAAAGCAAAAUCUGCCAGCAUCAGGGCCCAUUUGGAGGCCAGUGCUGAGAAGUGGAACAGAUUGCUGGCGUCUUUAGAAGAACUGAUCAAAUGGCUGAAUAUGAAAGAUGAAGAGCUUAAAAAACAGAUGCCGAUUGGAGGAGAUGUUCCAGCCUUACAGCUCCAAUAUGACCACUGUAAGGCACUGAGACGUGAACUAAAGGAGAAAGAAUAUUCUGUCCUGAAUGCAGUAGACCAAGCUCGAGUUUUCCUGGCCGAUCAGCCAAUUGAGGCCCCUGAAGAACCAAGAAGAAACCCACAAUCAAAAACAGAAUUGACUCCAGAGGAGAGAGCCCAAAAGAUUGCCAAAGCCAUGCGUAAACAGUCUUCUGAAGUCAAAGAGAAAUGGGACAGCCUGAAUGCUGUGACCAGUAAUUGGCAGAAGCAAGUGGACAGGGCGUUGGAGAAGCUCAGAGAUCUGCAGGGAGCUAUGGAUGACCUGGACGCAGACAUGAAGGAGGCAGAAGCGGUGCGGAAUGGCUGGAAGCCAGUGGGAGACUUGCUCAUUGACUCUCUGCAGGAUCACAUCGAGAAAACCAUGGCAUUUAGGGAAGAAAUUGCACCAAUCAACUUAAAAGUUAAGACGGUGAAUGAUUUGUCCAGCCAGCUAUCUCCCCUUGACCUACAUCCAUCUUUAAAGAUGUCUCGCCAGCUGGAUGACCUUAAUAUGCGAUGGAAACUUCUCCAGGUCUCUGUGGACGACCGCCUUAAGCAGCUUCAGGAAGCCCAUAGAGACUUUGGACCAUCCUCUCAACAUUUUCUGUCUACUUCAGUCCAGCUGCCAUGGCAAAGAUCCAUUUCACAUAACAAAGUGCCCUAUUACAUCAACCAUCAAACACAGACAACCUGUUGGGAUCAUCCUAAAAUGACUGAGCUCUUUCAGUCCCUUGCUGACCUGAAUAAUGUACGUUUCUCUGCCUACCGCACAGCGAUCAAAAUCCGAAGACUGCAGAAAGCACUGUGUUUGGAUCUCUUAGAGCUGAAUACAACAAACGAAGUUUUCAAACAGCACAAGCUGAACCAAAACGACCAGCUCCUCAGUGUCCCCGAUGUCAUCAACUGUCUGACCACAACUUACGAUGGACUUGAACAGUUGCACAAGGACCUGGUCAAUGUUCCCCUCUGUGUGGAUAUGUGCCUCAACUGGUUGCUCAAUGUGUAUGACACGUAAGUUUGUAUUUUAUCCCAGUAAAUUGCAAUCAUUGAAUGAAAUAUGUUGAUAGUAGAGAGUGUCUAUUUAUUUAUUUAUUUUUUUAUUCAUAUGUGCAUACAAUGUUUG